GUCUUGGAACUUCAUACUCGUAAAAUCGAAUUCUAUGGUGGACUGGCGGACGUCUGCGGAGUGGACGCCGUUGCAGGCCUCUUUGCAGACUUGACCUGAACAUUUGCCAUACCUGGAUAUAUACCAGCUAGAGAGGACAUGACUCCGCUGGAAUAUGAAGUAGUUGCCCAAAAUCACACAAGGAAUGCCUUGAUGGGAUAUAACCUAUUCAGCUAUCAAACCCAAAGUCAGUGUCUGUGAGGUAUGGGGUUGUAUCAGUGCCCCGGCAAGGUUUUGCUGAUUUCUAAAAUAAAUAUGUGACAAGAUCUAACUGAUUUAAUCUGAGCUCCUUCCCUUCUCAUCUCACCAAUAAAAGUUGAUGCUAGCAGGAAAUCAACAUCAGUUUUAAGUCCAAAGUGUCGGUAAAUACACAGAUAUGGAUCCAUGGCAGAUUACUGCAAUAACUUUUAUUUGUGCUUUUUGCUUGGUUUUAACUCUAUUGUGUUAUUUCCUGCUAUGUGGAACAUUAAGACUUAAUCAAGAAAGGAACCCCCUGAUGAAAAGCUCAGAAAGCCAACCCCUGAUUGAAAGUACAGAUGAUACAGAGAGUCAGACAGAUAAAGGUUAUCUAAGUGUGAAGUGUUCAAAUCUGAAAGAAGAUGAUAAAUGUACAAAUACGAAGUGUUUAAAGAUAAAACAAGAAUCAAUUCAAAUUGUGAAUGAAGUAGAAUAUUCCCUAGGAUCUUUAAAGGAGGAAAAAGGAAUCGUUCUUAACUCAGUGUGGGAUUCAUAUCUGAAAAAUGAAGCUGACAUAAGCCUGCCCGAAGCAGAACACCUUGACAUUUCUGAGUCUGCAGAUUCAUUACAUGUUAGGUUGUCACAAAAUACACAAGGACAAGACAACUGGCCCUGCAUUACAGGGGCUGCCUUGUCACCUGGAAGGAGUCACUACUGGGAAGUGGAAGUUGGUGAGAAAAGCAGCUGGGCGAUUGGAGUGGCAUCUGAGAGCAAAAGAGAAAGCAAAUGCAUUCCUGAUACUCCAGAAGGUGGAUUUUGGAUCAUUCGGCUGUGUAAGGGAAAGAGCCUUGAAGCUGUCUCCAAUAAAGUCAUUACACUUCAAAACGAAAAACCCAGAAAGGUGGGAGUAUACCUGAAUGGGAAUUACAUGUCCUUUUACAAUACAGAGGUCAAACAACGCAUUCAAAGAUUUGAGAUUAAACAGUCUCAAACAUUAUAUCCUGUUUUCAGUCCAGGAUUACAUGACAGAGGUCCUCUGAUCAUCAAAAAAAAUGAGCAUAACACAGAUUUGAUGAACUUAUGAUCUGUGCCUCUGUUUCAAAUAUUAAAAUGAACCUGAGGUGUCAAGGCAUCGCAGGACCCACACUUGUAAUCACUCACCAUUGUAGAACUGCUAAUUAACUAAAGCACAUAUAUUUUGUAAACGCCAGAAAAAACAUAAAAUCCCAAAGGAAGAGCAAGAAGACAUGACGAGAACAUGCAGGCUCCACACACACAGUGAUUAGACACACGUAGUUUCCAAAGCAAGGAUGCUGAAUAUGUGAAGCAAAAUGUUGUUGCCCUGUUUCAGAUAAGCUCUUUAAUAUUUGGUGGCCAUUUACAUUUGUUUUUUAUUAUGACGUUAAGUCUAUCAAAGUAGUUUUUUUAUUAGCCAGACAGUUAUUUUUAUGUAAACUAAAUCUAACAAGAUAUUUCAUUUUUUUUGUAACAUCUGUAGUAAUAAUGUACAGUUUAAGUAGAUUUGCUGCCUACAAUAUUUUUGGAUAUGAGAUGAUUUUAACAAAUAUUAAUGCAGAGUAGUUUUGAAUAUAAUUAUUAAUAUAUAUAUCUGCACAUAGAUACAUGUGUAUGUCAAUGUAAAUUCUGAAAUCUCCCCAUGUAGUCUAAGUCUAUAUAAGAAUAAGAGUGUUGUCUAAAAAUAAUUUAAACAAAAUGAAAUUAAAAUUGGUAUUUAGUAUUUGGUCUCAUUGAACAUUUUAGACUAUAUUGGAUGUUUCAACUAAUAAGAUUUGUUUAAGUUUCUGUAGGAAUUGUUUUGAAUUAUUUAUUUUAUCUGCUAUAGUAAUUUCUCCCUACACUCAGUGUAUUAAGUAGUCAUUGUCAUUCAUGAAUAUCUGUUUGUUACUAUGUGCCAUAAGUACAGGGCCUUAUGUUAACUUGUAUAUAGAAAUUGUUUUUCAUUUUACUGUUCCUGUUUAUCCCUGCCUACAUUUGCUUUUGAAAUAAAGAAAUAAAAUAUCAUUAGAUAUUUCAGACAUUGACAUUGGUCAAUUACCUUGACACCUCUGCUUGUUAUUAAUUUCAACUAAACCCAAUGAGUUUAGAUCAUAUGAAAAAAAAUCUUAUUUUAUACUGCAUUCUGAGACAAGUUAUGUAUAUAACUAUGCAAUGAAUUUAAUUUGGUCGCUUCAGAGAUCAUCAUGACAUAUUCAACCGUCAGUUAGCAGAUUUUAACUGUACUUGCAGCACUGGUAUAGUAUACUGUACCUAUUCCUGAACAUCCCUAUAUACUGUACAUCAAUAAGUCUUCCUUUAAUAUGUUAAACUAAUUAUAGCAUCAUUAAUCUGCAAAUCAGAACAGCCAUACAUCAAAAAUGUGACCCUACAGAGAUCCAAUGCACAAAGUGUCCUGGCACUAUCUAAGAUUCAGUUUUACUACUGUGCUGCAGUUAUACAUAUUAUAACAUGUCGGAAUUGACAGAAACUCGAAAAUCUACACUAGCUUUAUUUGCAAUGGAAAAUAAAUCUUAUGUUACAUCAUUGUAUGCUGUGCUCUGUGCUGCAGUUGGCACAAAAUACCUCCAAUAGUGAACAGCUCAGUCACCCAGUGAGUACAAAAAAUGCAAAGCUAAUGUAGGACGCAUUUUGGGGCAAAGAAGCUCUCAUCUGAUAAGUGCCUUUAUUAACCCUUUCUAACAUACUCAAUUUUUAAUUUAUGUAAAAUAUUUGGGAUUGAGACAGUGUACAAAUCUGCACAUUAACAAUGUAUUUGCAUCUUUUCGACAAUUAAACUCCUAACUUGAUAUUUCAGUUGCAUGUAUUGUUUUCCCUAUAUACAAAUUAGAAACUUUGCUAAAGGCAAUCUGCAUCUCUUACCCAUAUUUGUUCCUGAGGAGAUACUGGCUGGACUAGAUGAAGAGCCAGACAACAACUCUAAGGAAAAAAAAAUGUUUAUUCAUUUUAAAGCAUUUGUACUGUUUCUGAAAUAUUAUAGUGCAGCCUGAACUUCAGGUAGCUUUUUAUGAGAAGUCAGGAAACAUUUAUAUGUUAAAACACUUUAUAGUUCAUUUUGUAUUGGAAAUGUAAAUAUAUUUGCUAUUUUAUACCUAGUAAUUCAACCUAGUAAUGAUUUCAUGUUGAUCUUUCUCAUUGCCUACUGCAUGUUAAUAUGAUAUGUGAAUCAUAUGAGUGGUUUGGUUGCAAAAGUGAUUUUUAAAUUGUAAAUUAUAAAAUAGUUAAUUAUUUUGUUUAAUUUUUAAAAUAUAAAAUAGCAAAAAUGUGAGUUGAAAUCUUUUAAAUUACAUGAAUUAAGUAAUUUUAUAUCGAGGACUGUAUCCAUAACAGAUUACAGAAUGAUGGUGACGAUUUCAUUAUCAUUUUGUAUCAUGCAUCAUGUUGUUUUGUAAGAUAUGCUACAGUAAUAAUUAAAUUCUAAAUUA